AUGACCAGGGCCGACCUCCCCUCGUGUCCAUCUGCCGAACUCGGACAGCAGCCGGAUCCCCCAUCACUGCGUCCCGAUUCCCGACCCAAUGCCACAGCGAGACCGUUCACAGCUCGCGUCGCACGGGGUGUCAGCGCAGGCCCCUCCCAGCGAGGGCCUGAGUCCGCUCGCCCGCCCGCCCCGCCGGCGAACACACACAAUCUGUCCAGCUCCACAGCCCUCGACAGCAUCACCGAGGAGGCAGCGUUGAUGAUGAUCUCCGCGGUGCGCGAGGAUGGGAGCAUACCCUGCGGCCGUCAAGGGUGCUACGAUAUUCUCAAGGACGUAAAGCGCUGGCGAUAUCAAGUGCGUCCACUUCCCACCGCAUUCCACAUAUCCUUGUCCUACACGCAUUUCUAG